CCCUCUUAAAUUCUUAACACAAAACCCGAAACCUCCGAUGAUCCGAUCACAAAGUUGGUGUUAAUAGGAUGCCCCAUUUUUAAAGCCCCACCUUUCAACAUCCAUCUCACCGCAAACACAACACCCCAUUUCCUACACUGCCCAAACCCACGCCCUCUUUUUCUCUCUCUUCGCCGGCGUUCGUCCAAUUCGCACCUCUUUCCAGCUUUCCGCAAGGUUGACGGUUGUUGUAAAAGAACUUCACUGUGUAUGAUGUUGAUUUGAGCAAGAUGAGUGGCUCUACUCGGCGAAGGUUAAAAUCUGCAAUCAUUUGUGAACAUAUAGUUGAUGAUACGAGCGAGGAAUCAUCUGCUCGUACAAGACCUUUAAGCUAUGAUGAAAUAAUGCUUAAAAGAAAAAGUAAGAAGGAAGUUGAAGGUUCUGUUGAGGAAGCACAUGAAGCAGAAACUACUAGACAUGAAGAAACUGUCAGGAACCCUGAUCGUCGGAGCAGGGAUACAAAUGGUGCUGCCAUGAAAAAUUCGCGUGAUUCUCAACGUGAAGUCAGCCCCCAAAAGAAGGUGCAAAAGAGUUCAAGGGCAGAACAUACUCAUAGUAAAAGUGACUUACAAGAUUCUCAACGGGAAUUCAGCCCCAGAAAGAAUGUUGAAAAGAGGUCCAGGACAGAACAUAUAUAUAGUACAAGUGAUUUGCUAGAUUCUCAAAGGGGAGCUAGCCCCAUAAAGAAUGUGGAAAAAAGUUCUAGGACAGAACAUACUCAUAGCAAAAGACAGGAAUUGAGCCCCAGAAAGAAUGUGGAAAAGAGGUCCAGGACAGAACAUAUAUUUACAAGUGAUUUGCGAGAUUCUCAAAAGGGAGCUAGCCCUAUAAAGAAUGGGGAAAAGAGUUCUAGGGCAGAACAUACUCAUAGCAGAAGUGAUUUACGGGAUUCUCGACGUGAAUCCAGCCCCAAAAAGAGUGUGGAAAAGAGUUUCAGGACAGAACAUAUCCAUAGUAAAAGUGAUUUGCGAGAUUCUCAACGGGGAGCUAGCCCCAUAAAGAAUGUGGAAAAGAGUAGGACAGAACAUACUCAUAGCAGAAGUGAUUUACGAGAUUCUCGACGGGAAUCUAGCCCUAGAAAGAGUGUGGAAAAGAGUUUCAGGACAGAACAUAUUCAUAUUAAAAGUGAUUUGCGAGAGUCUCAACGGGGAGCCAGCCCCAUAAAGAAUGCUGAAAAGAGUUCUAGGGCGGAACAUACUCACAGUAGAAGUGAUUUACGAGAUUCUCGACGGGAAUCUAGCCCCAGAAAAAAUGUUGAAAAAAGUUCUAGGAUGGAACGUACUCAUAUUAGAAGUGAUUUAAGAGAUCCUCAAUGGGAAUCCAGCCCCAAAAAGAUUGUGGAAAAGAAUUCAAGGACGGAACAUAUGCAUAGUAAACGUGAGAACAAGGAGAGGCAUGAUGUGGAGAGUAGAUCAAAGCAUAGACAUGAAAAUGAUGUGAGGAAUGAUGCUGAAUCUAAAAAUGACAGGCAAGGUCGCAUAAAAAGCAAAAUAGAGGAACAUUCUAGGGGUGAUGGUAGGUCUAAUCUAGAAAUUAAGCAUAAUAGUGAUUCUGUUGCACAGGAUAGAAACAUUGAAAGACAUGGAGGAGCAUAUGAAAGAGAAAACAAAAGGAGAGAUAGAAGUGGAGAUGAUGAAAAACAUAGAAUGAGGGAUCCUGUCAAAAAACUUGACAGUGGAAGUAGGCGCAUCUCUGAGAUUUCAGAGAGAAAGGAGAAGACGGAGCUCCCACGCUCGCAGCAUGAAGAAACUAGAUCCAAAAGAAGGCGGUCUAGAAGUCAAGAGCGUACAAAGGACAAAGCUAGGAGGUCCAGAUCAUCCUCACCUAAGGCACGGAAAAAUGUGUUAGAUCCUGUGCAUGACCAUGGUGAGCUUUUGUUACGUUCUGAAAGAGACAGGUCUAGACGCCAUUCUGAUGUUGACCGGAGCAAGAUUCCUAUUGAUGGUUCCAGCAGCCAUCAUCGACGACAUGGUGGCUCUUCUAGUGGGCUUGGGGGCUAUUCACCUAGGAAAAGAAAAAGCGAAGCUGCUGUUAAGACUCCUUCACCUAUUCAGUCACCUGAAAGAAAAAGUGCUGGGUGGGAUCUUCCACCUUCUGGGGCAGAUAAAAAUCUCAGUACUGUUUCAUCUGGGGCACACCUAAUUUCUCAAACCAAGCCUUCAAAUAUGAUUGAGUUAUCAGCUGGUUUUUCCGUUGCUCCUGGCAUGGGAAAGCCCAUAUCUUCAAUUUUGUCCAACAGUCUAUCUGCAUUUAAGCAGGCCUCAAUAGACUCGGUUCAACUAACACAAGCCACCAGACCUAUGAGGAGGCUCUACAUUGAUAAUAUACCAGGCUCUGCCACUGAGAAAGAUAUUAUGGAAUGUUUCAAUUCUUUUCUGCUCUCUUCUGGCUCCAAUUAUAUCCGAGGCACAAGUCCAUGUAUUAGCUGCAUGAUUCACAAGGAAAAGGGGCAAGCAUUAGUGGAAUUCCUUACUCCUGAAGACGCCUCUGCAGCGCUGUCUUUUGAUGGCAGAUCUCUCUCUGGGAGCAUACUCAAAAUCAGACGUCCUAAAGAUUUCGUUGAAGUGCCAAGUGGAUCUUCAGAGACUUCUAAAGCUGGAGCCGAUUUGAUAAGAGUUGAUUCAAUCCGAGGCAAUUCAAUCAGAGGCAAUUCAAUCAGUGAAGUUGGUAUUCAGGCCAUAAGUGAUUUUGUGCAAGAUUCUCCACACAAGAUCUUUGUUGGUGGAAUUGCUGAAGAUUUUUCUUCUGAAAUGAUUGCAGAGAUUGUUAGUGCCUUUGGAACAUUAAAGGCAUACCGUUUUGAAGUCAAUGCAGAUCUCAAAAAACCAUGUGCUUUCUUAGAGUAUACAGACCAGUCUGUCACGUUGAAAGCUUGUGCUGGCCUGAAUGGCAUGAGGUUAGGCGGGAGAGUUCUGACUGUAGCCCAAGCUGUUCCUAACACAGAAUCAGUGGAAAGCUCAGGAAUGUCCCCAUUUUAUGGAAUACCCGAGCAUGUGAAACCCCUUCUUGAGAUGCCAACACAGGUCCUCAAGCUAAGCAAUGUGCUUGAUCAUAAGAUCAUGGAUUUGCUAUCUGAAACAGACUUGGAAGAAAUUGUAGAGGAUGUACGAUUAGAAUGUUCCAGGUUUGGCUGUGUUGUGUCCAUUAAUGUCGUCAAAGGUGGCUACACAAAUACUGCCAUUUCAGAAGCACAAGAGGUUGCAAUUAAUGUGAAUACUAUUCAGCCUCCAGAAGAAAGAAAUCACCAUUUGAUUGAGGAUCCAAUAGAAGUUUCUACUGACCAUGAUGACAGGGAUGGUAGUAAUGAAGAAGCUCCAACCAAAUUCAAUGAAAAUCAUGCAAUGGAUGGUGUUUUAGUUGAUAAGCAUGAACUAGUCUCUGCAACUACUAACCCAGUUUUUGAAGGAGCUGCUGAAGUAAGAACUGUUGAAGAAUCAAUAGAAGCCGAUGAAGACUUGCCUCAAAAUGCUGAUGACAAACCUGAUUUUGACCGACUAGAAGCUGUUGUGGUUGGUGCUUCUACUAUUGAUGACAUGGAAAGUGUCAAUGAUUCUAAGGGGAACCGCCAGGAGUCCAUCCAGGAGAGUGGUGUAUCUGCCGAGUUAAAUUCAGAUGGGAGUAUGGUUAUUGAGAAAUCAGGGAAUGGUGAAACUCUGUGCGCUGAAGAUGUACCAGAGUUGGACAAAACUAAUGACACACUAGAAGCUGUACCAGAGUUGGACAAAAAUAAUGACAUGCUAGAAGCUGUACCUUUGCUUACCAUUCCAGGAGCUACUGAAGGUCUCACAAAUGAAUAUCCUUGUGAUAGGGGUAAUAACUUGUUUGAGGAUGGUUGUGUAUUGGUGGAGUUUAAGAGGACAGAAGCUUCAUGUGUGGCAGCACAUUGUUUGCAUGGACGUGCCUUUGAUAACCGUAUCGUGACAGUGGAAUAUGUAUCACUGAAGGCCUACCGAGAAAGGUUUCCAAAGUGAAAAUAUGGUUCAAUAUACGGAAUGGUAGAAUUGUAGUCUUAAGUUGGCCAUCAGCAGGAGAAUUCUGUAUUUGAAACUGUGAGGUUUCUGACACCUGUUCUGUCUCAGCAUGCAGUAUGAUUCAGGGAUCGUUUUGAAAUCCCCUGUAUUUAUCUUAGUUGAUUAGUUCUCCAACCCUCCAGAAAGAACUUAUGAAGAAAAUUUUCUUUUACAACAGAAGGCGUCAAGGAUGUAUGGCCAUUGUUAUGAGCAUUCAUGUUUCAGCAAUGUGCUCAUAUAUUUUUUGCCAAUGCUGUUAACAGAAUCUGCUUACCCAUUAACCUGUAUACCAACAAUGGAUUCCUGGCGCUCUAAUAUACAAGUACUAGUUAUGAUGAGUUUAGUGUAUUGGUAACUUCUAUUUUACUGUCCUCUUUAGCAGUCCUUUGUUCCUUUCCCUUUCUCUGUUUUCGCCCUCCAAUUUAUAUUGAUUUGUCGAAUGAGUGAAUGCUACUCAGUUUCUGUAGGAGCAAUUUUAUGAUAAAAGUAAAAGUGGCUAACAGGUGAGCUUGUUCUUUGCUGAAACUGAAUUCCUGGACAAGUAUUGUUCACGGCCUGUAUGGAUCAAAUUUUGAAGGGAAAUUUGCAAGUGUAGUCAAAAGGUUUUUCUCGCUUUCUCUUCUUUAAUGGAGUAUUUUUUUUCUUCCUUGAUAUCUCUUGUGAACUCUCUUCAUCUCUUUUAAAAGGAAGUAUUUACCCAACCUAAUCGUGGUAGUUUUGCAUCGAUUGCAAGGUGGGGAUAUGGGUGUAGAUGCAAUCUGAAGAAAGCGAAAGUAGUUCAUUAGAAGGGAAAGGAGAAAAUGGAGGUAAUUUGAAGAACAAGGAGGAUUGUGAUCUAUGUUAAAAAAGACGGAAGAGGAGGUAGACAUAUUACAAUGUUCUUUAGGGUACAAAACUAAAGUGUUUUUUUUUUUUUUUUUUUUUUUUUUUUUUUUU